AUGGAGGCGCCUUCACAGAACGGAAGGGCGAGGUCGUCGUCCACUGCUGCCCAAAGCAAUAAUAACUCCCAUUUCACCCAGGAUCCUACCAACAAUCAGCUUCACACCAGCCAAUCGCUUUCAGCAAAUGCUAAUAGUAACAACAGUUACCCAACAACAACAUCAACAAAUAACCAGCAAUUCCUCUUCACAACUCCUUACCUGGCCGCUACAUCUCAAGAAGGACUCGGAUUCACCACCAAUGUGACUGGGCCAGAACGUCAGUUCAAUCAACAGGAAGACUUCUCCCAGGCGUUCGAUACCAGUUUCCUCGACCAGUUAGACCAGGCCACUUCCGGCAUAAACGAUAACAGAGACUCACAGCCGUUUCCAGAUUUUGAUACAUCCGAUCCGGGGUUCAAUUUUGACGACUUCAACACUUUUACACACCAGGAUCAGACCUCUGGGUUCAACACAUCAACAACCAUGAUGGGCGCUAUCCAGCAACACCCUACCAUCAACCCGGCAGACUUUGCUCAACCCCUCUCCUCGCCGCAAAUGCCUAAUUCUCCUCAUCUAGUUCCUCCAGAGACUGCUUCAUCCCCUAACAACCGUCCUGGUUCUCCAGCCGCGGCUUCGAGCCCUGGGACUUUCUACACGCCGCAGCAUUCACGGCAUACUUCUUUAGAUCCAGCAAGUGCGGCAUAUAUCAAUACUGAUGCGCAGUCUAACUGGCAAGGAAUACUCGGGAACAGCUCAUUCCAAGGCCAUCGCCGUGCACCAUCAGAGCAUUCUGAUGUUUCAUCUGUCUCGCACUCGCCUUUCCUAGCACAGCAUGAUACAUUUGAUACCUCUGCUCAUCCUUCUGCACAGCCCUCUCCUCGUCUACCCCCUCAGACUGACCCAAGCCUUUAUGAUAACGCUUUCGGAAUGGAAUCCUUCACAAUAUCGGAACGUGACCACAAUAAUGCAUUUAGUCCUGCGCAUAGCCCAUACAUUUCACCUAGACUCUCCCCGCAGCUUCAAAACACGGAACUGGACCCAGAAAGCUCAUUACUUCUAUCCCAAAAUAUGUCCCAGAUGCAAGGGGCCACUCAAGAUACAUACGUCGGAACGUCUGCUCCGCCUGUACCUGGUUUCCAAGCGCAGCAAUCUAGACUUAGUGAUAUGGGACAGGCAGCUCAAAUGACCCCCCCUUUAAUUAAUGUUGAAUUUGCGCCGCCUUCCAGGACGUCUACCGUAGAAGGCCCGAAGCUGGGUGCAGAUGGGGACACAUUAAGUCCUCCUAUGAACCGCGCUCGCGGACGUAGUAAAUCUGAUCCAUUCAUGUCACGGCCAAUGGCUCCUUCCUCACUUGGGGUAUCCCAAGGAGGAGUGGCCAUAAAUGCAGGCUCUUUGUCACCAUCUAGAGCACCUGGGGGUACUUUCAGCACGCCUUCUUCAAGAGAAGCCUCUCCAGUAAGCAAGAAUAGACGACAGUCAACCUCGUCGCUUGAUAGUCGUAGCUAUAUCUUGGACCUUGCAAACCCCCAACGGCCAGGGUCCAAUACACAAGACUCAAAGCGAGUUCAAAAACACCCUGCAACUUUCCAAUGCACACUAUGCCCUAAGAAAUUCACACGAGCUUAUAACUUGCGCUCUCACCUUCGAACUCAUACCGAUGAAAGACCCUUUGUUUGCACUGUCUGUGGCAGAGCAUUUGCCCGCCAACAUGAUAGGAGACGGCAUGAAAGCCUACAUUCUGGCGAGAGAAGAUUCGUAUGCCGAGGUGACAUGUCAAGUGGUCGCCAGUGGGGAUGUGGUCGGCGAUUUGCCCGCGCUGACGCUCUAGGUCGCCAUUUUCGGUCCGAAGCCGGCAGAGUAUGCAUUAAACCUCUUCUUGAUGAAGAGGCCCUUGAGCGAGAAAGCCUCAAUCAACAGCAACAGCAACAGCAGCAAGGAAAUGCUUCUACCAGCCAUUUACAACCGGGCAACCAGCCGCUCACGGUUCCAGGCAUGGAUGGUGCUGGAGGUUCUUUCACUUUGCCUGCUGCUCUAUUGGCACAGUAUCCCGCACUGCAAGGCCUACAAUGGGAUCAAAUUGCCGCCCCUGUUGACGAUAAUAGUGACAUUGGAGGGCGAAGCAGCUUUGAUGCAAGUUCUGGGGGAGAGUUUGGAUUUGGGGAUGAAGAGGAACCUGUCAAUACUGGAUUUUUGAACCAACCACCUGGCCAGUCGCCGCAACACCAACUGGUGGGCGAUCAGCUUAACCCUAGUACCACAGGAGGUGCUUGGCCACAGCCUGGCCAGGGCUGGACAAAUGAUUAUAAUGGCAUCAGAUAG